AAAAACUCUCUCUGGGUCUCUCUCUCUCUCUUUCCCCUCGUCGAAAUAACGACAACAUUUCUGGAAAGUGAAAGAGAAAAAAAAAAAGAAAAAAUAGAGAAAAAGAUCCGGAAAUAAAAAUUGGGGUUUUAGGGUUUUUAUUUAAUUUAUAGUUUGUUGCAAAAAAGGGGAGUGGGGAGGAGAAAGAAGCUGAGUCCCAUUCAUAUUCCCAUUCCCAUUCCCAUGGCUGAUGGCAUCACCAACAACUCUUAAAUACACCUUCACCUUCACACAUACUACUCAUCAGUAGCACCCCAACAUAAACAACAACCUCGUCAUCCCAAGUUAUCUAACUAAUUUCUCAGAAUGAGAGAAUCAUCAACUACAACUACUGUAUUAAGAAGAAGAAGAAUGGUUGAUGAUGAUUACGACGACGAUGAUGAUAUCGAUAUUAAUGAUAUCGAUAUUGAGAUCGAUGAAAACAGGAUGAUGACGAUGAAGAUGAAACCAGCAUGGCUUCGAGCUUUAAUGUCUAAUUCUAAUUUCUUCACUCCUUGUGGUCUCCACCAUUCUCGCCGGAAGAACGAGAUGAACGUCUUCUGUUUGCACUGUUGCCUCAGCAUUUGCCCUCACUGUCUUCCUUCUCAUCGCUCUCAUCCUCUUCUUCAGAUUCGACGAUAUGUUUAUCACGACGUGGUUCGGCUGGGUGAUCUCGAGAAGCUCAUCGACUGUUCUUAUAUUCAGCCUUACACUAUAAAUGGUGCCAAAGUGAUAUUCUUGAAUCACAGGCCACAGUCUAGGCCUUGCAAAGCCCCUUCCAAUGUUUGCUUAACUUGCGAUAGGAUUCUUCAAGAGCCUUUUCACUUCUGUUCCCUCUCAUGCAAGGUUGAUCAUAUGGUGUUGGAAGAGGCAGAUCUUUCCAGUAUUUUGUUCAGGUUCGACGAAUCAGAUUUCGCGUUUUCACAAUUUGAAGGGUUGCGGAUGGAUGGCUCGGAGGUUACCGACGAUGAUGCCCAAAUCACUCCAAACUUCGACUCGUUACAAUGCCAAGGUUUGUCGUACUCGAUCUCGAAUGAAGCCACAAGCAAUUCGGUAGUCUCACGAGAACAGGAGAUUGUGAAAAAGAAGAAGAAGAGCAACGGUUUCCUUCCUGGAAUUGUUCUCUCUCUUGGUAGCCGGAGGAAGGGUGCUCCCCAAAGGUCACCAUUGUCUUAGAAUGAACCAUAUGGAAAAUAAAGUAAAAUAAAUAAAGUAAUUUAGGACUUAAUUAAGAAUCUUAUUAGAGUAAAUUUAUAUAAAUAUAUAUAUAAAAGAAAAAGAAAAAAAGAAAGAAAGAAAGAUGUUUGUUGAUUGUUAGUUAAUUUUAGUUGUUGUUGUUGAGGUUAGUUUUUAUUUGAAAGUGAGGAAGAGAGUGGUUGCCUGUUUGUAUCAAAAUCCAACGUGAUUUGAAGGUUUAAAUUGAAUCAGUGUAUGAAGUCAAGUCAAAGUAGUGUUGUUUAGAACAACCAAAAAUCUUGAAGCUCAGACCAAUUCCAUUGCCAAAGGAGGUGUUUGAGAAAACCCUUUGUUCUCAACAUCACCAAUUUUGUGUUUCUAUAUCAUGUAAUGGAAUUUGGACCUAUAUAAUAUAUAUAUAUAUAUAAUUAUAUGUUUCUAUGUAUAAUAUUACAAGCCUUCAACGUUAUUUCUAA